GCUAAACACGACCUGCGUGCUGCUUGUGUCUCAAUGACAGAUACUGUGGUUUAAGAUGGUUAGAAUAUACUCUACAUAGCACCUAUUGUUUGAUGUAAUAGACAAGGCUGUAACUCUGUAAGAGAUGCCAGCUGGUGUGUCGUGGCCGCGGUACAUCCGGAUGUUGGGAGCCAGUGUUCUGGCCAUGUUUGCAGGAGCACAGGUCGUCCAUCAGUACUACCUUCCUGAUCUGAGUAUACCAGAAAUCCCACCAAAACCCGGAGAGCUUCAGACAGAACUACACGGUUACAAAGCUAGAGAAGAAGCUGCUGCUGCCUUUCAGAAGCUUAAAGAAGGAAAAAAUGUGGACUGACGGGGAAAUAUGUUUCUUUUAGAAGAAAUACUACUAUGUACCUUGGGACAGAGUCUCUUAUGAAACAACUGCAAUGGAUAUGUUGCUCUUUUGCCUUAUGUUGUACACAGACAAUAAAUCUUCGUGUCUGAAUGAAACUGAGCCAAAGAGACCUGGAGAACAGAACCAUCACAUCGCGGCUGCUCACCUGCAUCAUUAUUACCUCCAGCCUUCUUUCAUUUGACUGCGGUUUAAUCCAUUCAUAAUAAUCAGUUGCAAUCACACUUGGCUGUCUCUGAAUUAUUGUCAUGAGCACAAUUAUUUUGAUGACCGUUUGUCCAUUUUAAAUGUUGCUUAUUUUAGAGAAGUGAUUAAAAGAGUUAAACAAUA